AUGCCUGUAACAACCGCCCUUAAGCGGGCUAUCGUCACAAAGGCAACCAACCUCGGCAUCGCAGAGAUGCUCAAAGAGCAACCCAUCAAGGGCAACCCGCAAGCCGCUGCACAGCAAUACCUGCAUUUCAUCGUCAACCUCCCUUGGAGCAAUGCCUGGUCCUGCGCGGUCCGUGGUGCACACAGCAAAAAAUCCCACAACUGCCGUAACCCGAAACGCCUAUCCGCACUUGACACCAUCCUGUACGAACUGCUCAUUUCCGGUGCCGAUCCCACGAAGCUUGAUGAAGAGGGCAACACCCCACUGUCACAGCUGGCGAAUAAUCUCCUUUAUGAUAGCCGUCCUGUGCUAGAUAUCAUCCAUUGGCUCCGGCCACUGAGCAGGGGGGUGGAUGUUAACGUAAGGAAUCAGGAGGGGUUGAGUGCAUCUGGGUAUUUGCAUUCCCUUCGGCUGGCGUCAGAAGACAAAGAGGAAAUCAUCACUGCGAUGGAUCGGGUUUUUGGGCUAAAGGUUGGGGAGGGCGGGGAUGAUAAUGAGAUUUUGUGGAGGAGGUGA